UUAUCUCAACAAUGGCGAUCCAAAAGGGACAGAUUGGUUGCCGGCAGAGUGCGACGUUUCGAUCAGACAAGGAUGGUUUUGGCAUAAAUCACAAACACCUAAGAGGCUAAGCCAGCUACUUGAAAUUUACUACAACUCAGUGGGACGAAAUUGUGUGCUGCUACUCAAUGUGCCUCCUAACUCAACCGGGCUUAUAUCAGAAGUAGAUGUUCAAAGACUGAGAGAAUUUAGAAGGGCAAUUGAUACAAUAUUUUCUACCAAUUUAGCAGACAAGUGUUCUGUCAAAGUUAGCAGCCAAAGAGGAGGCAAAGGAGGAGGCUUUGGACCCGAAAAUGUGCUAGACAGUGACCAUUUGUGGACGUACUGGGCUCCAAGGGAUGAUGACAAAGAGGGCCAUUGGAUUGAAAUCAGAGGUACAGGCACAGACGGAGGGCUGAGAUUCAAUGUGAUUAGGAUUCAAGAGGCAAUUGGGCUUGGUCAGAGGAUCAAAAGGCAUGACAUUUAUGUGGAUGGUAAAAGAGUAGCAAAUGGAACCACAGUGGGGUACAAGAGGCUUCACAGACUUGAAGAGGGAGUGAUCCAUGGAAAAAUUGUAAAAAUUAGAAUUGAAGAAUCAAAGGGAUUGCCUUUAAUUUCUUCCAUUGGUCUGCAUUUUGAUCCCUUUUGGCACCCAAAUCCAAAUGGGUAG